AUGGAACAACCACCUGAGUCCAUAUUUGCAUCAAUUGAUAAUUGCUUUGAUCACUCCAUAGUUUAUUACUUCAGAAUUCUAAAAUGGAACUUCUUUCUAAUGCUCAUUUUGGGCCUUCUUCACUUACCACAAUUAAUAUUUUGCAUUACUGGUAAUAGCAUAUUCAAUCAAUUCCAAUUACAAUUAGAAACUUUUACUGUUGCAAAUAUUGACAUUUCAAAUGAAACUGCUUUUCUUAUUGGAGUUUUAGGAGAUGCUAUUGGUAUUCUUCUCUACUUUUUGUCAUUGCUCUAUUUACGAUACAAAGCUAUCAAUAAGGAUUCCUAAUUUAAGGUAUCCAGUAUUUCACCUUGGAGUGUUGAACUAUCUGGAUUUCCAACAGCUACUAUAGAUCCAGAAGACCUUCGAUCAAUUAUACAAUCAAAUACACAUGAAAUUUACUUAGUUCGCAAUUUCUAGGGUACUCUAAGUAUUAUGAAGAAUAAGGCAUUUAAGGAAAGGUAGAUAAGAUUAGAAAAAAAAAAAUUAGAAGUAUUUUCUAAGAGAUUAUCAUAAGCAGAUAUGUAUGUAAGAUAAGACUUCAUUAGAGUCUUGUCUGAUGAACAAAAAGAUAUCACUAAAGAAUUAUCAGAUAAAUUUAAUAUUUUUUUAGCACCAGAUGAUUUAGAAUCAAUUAAGGCUUUUGUUGUUUUUAAGAGCAAAGUAGAUCGUGAUCUAUUCUAUGAGAAAUAUAAUUAAGAUUGUUUAGUUAGAAAUGGAAUUUAUUUAUUCUAAAAUUAACCAUAGGAAUUGAAACUUAGAGGAUUAUAUACUAUAAGAGUAACAGAAGCUCCAGAUCCAAAUGAAAUUAAAUGGGAAAAUAUGGAUUAUUAAGAAAGAAACAAUCUUCAAAUAAUUCUGAUGCAUCUUGCAGUAGCUGUUAUACUAUUAGCCCCUUUAAUAGUGUUUGAAAAUAUGGCUUUAAAGAAUGCAAGGAAUAAUACAGUUAAAUGCACAGAGUAUUGUUUAGAUAAUGAUUUUACAAGAACUGUUUAUUAUAUAAUAACAGGAUUUUGGAUAUUAAUAGCAGAUGUGCUUGGAUGGGUGUUUUUAGAAUUAAUAAUAAAUAGAGAAAAGUAAAUUUAUUUAGUAUAAGAAUAAAAAGUCAUUCUGAUUAGAAUCAUAGUCUAUUUAAUGUGUUACACCUUGCUUGUACCGAUAUUGAUUUCAUGGGAAACUAUAGGAAACAUAGUAUUAGUUAUUUAAAGUUACACAUCAAUAGAAAAAUCAUUAAUUUUUAGUGAUGAUUUAGAUAGAAAAUGGAUUAUAAAUCAUGGGUUAAUAUUUUUAUGGGUAUCUAUAUUUUACACUCUUAAAUUAAUAAUUUUAAGUUUAGUAUCAAAAUGUCAAUGUAUAACAGGGGGAAUUAGAGAUUAAGAAGAAUUAUAAUUAAUUGGUUCUUUAUUGACAGAUGAAAAUGAUGAAGAAAGAUAAAGAUUGACUGGUUAAUAAAAAACUGCACCAAAUAAUAAUUAAUCUCAUUAAACUCUCUUUUUAUUAAACUUAGAUGAGAGUGUAAACUACAAUAUACAAUCAAGAUAAAACUUAGAUGUCAAAACAGGAAAAGCAUUUAGACGUGACUCUCCUUUAAUAAAUAGUAAUCCUACUUUUAAAACUGGACUUAGAUAUGCCAAAUUAUUGUUUAGCAUAUUCUUAUCAAUAACUUUAUCAGCAGGAUUACCUUUAUUGCCUUUAUUAGGAGCCUUUCAAAUAGGAUUAUAGUAUAUUUAUGAUAAGAAUAUGUUAUUGCGAUAUCAUUCUUAUAAUGAAAAACAAUAGGCAAAGUUAUAGGAAUAAUUAAAAUCAGUUGGAGUUAUCACAUUGAAAUUUAUCCACUUUUUCCUAGUAUUGCAUUUAAUCUUUAGUGUCUUGAUUUAUGGAUAUCCAUUUAUUUAUACUUAAAAUGGAAUGGGCAUUUCAUCAGACUGGAAUGAUGCUUCAAAUAAAUUAUUAUAUAAAAUAAGCACUGUUAUUCCUCUUACUUUGUUAUUAAUAAUUCUAGUAUUGGCACUUAUAAUCGAUUUAGUAUUUUUUGGAAUUAAUAAUAAUUGGAAAAUUUAGUCUGAUUAAAUAGGAUAAGAUGUGUCUUAGAACCUUGAGGAUCAUAUCGGUGCAUUGAAAGAAUAAGGCAGUGCCAUUUCUUACAAUUUAAAACAUCAUGAUGAGUUUAAGGAUAUUUUACUAAGUCAAAAAUAAGAAAGUAUAAGAGCUACUUUAAAUUAAUUCAAACAUUGA